CGGGUGCCGCUGGAUACCGUUCAGACAUGGCCAAGUCCAAGAACCACACCACACACAACCAGUCCCGGAAAUGGCACAGAAAUGGCAUCAAGAAACCCCGAUCGCAAAGAUACGAAUCUCUUAAGGGGGUUGACCCCAAGUUCCUGAGGAACAUGCGCUUUGCCAAGAAACACAACAAGAAAGGCCUGAAGAAGAUGCAGGCAAACAACGCCAAGGCAGUGAGUGCACGCGCAGAGGCCAUCAAGGCUCUUGUGAAGCCCAAGGUGGUAAAACCCAAGAUGCCAAAGGGUCCUGGCUGCAAACUCAGCCAUCUGGCUUUCAUCGCUCACCCCAAGCUUGGGAAGAAGAUUAGAAAGUACAUGGCCAAGGAUCAUAGGCUCUGCCAACCAAAGCCCAAGGUUCAAACCAAGGCAGAGGCCUCGGCUCCAUCAAAGGCCCAGGCUGCAGCUCCAGCUCAGGCUCCCAAAGGCGCCAAGGCCCCGUAGAAAUGGUUUCUGCCACUGUGAAGACAGAUGGACUGGUGUGACACAUCUACACACUAUCUGCAGAUGACCUGUGCCCUAUGCUGUUUUUACAAAUAAACUUGAGGCAAGAUCUGUUAAAAAAAA